AUCCUGCUCGGCCCCCCCACCCCCUCCUGCCCCGAUCCGCCCUCUCUGCUCCGGCGUGGAGCGAUGCUGUAGAUGCGGCAGACCGGAACCGACACUGUUUGAUAUAUACUGGAUGCAGCAGCCGAGGAGGAUAACAACAGCCUGACAGACACUGCGGAGGACAACGGUAGGCUACUUUAUUCUACAGCCGUCAAUACAGAGAGCUGGUAUGGACAAUAAGGCGUUGGAACCUGAGUCUGUGAGUGUCCACAUGGAGGAGGCCAUCAUGUGUAAUGGAGGCAGCCAGCCUCAGCAGCAGCAAGAAGCAUCCAUGUUGACCCACCUGAAGAAGGUUGAGAACCAGAUCACUGAAGCACAGCGUUUCUCCCACCUACCCAAGCGCUCAGCCGUGGACCUGGAGUUCAACGACCUUUCCUACACCAUCCAGGAGGGGCCGUGCUGGAGGAGAAGAGGUUUCAAAGCCUUGCUGAAGUGCCUGUCUGGAAAGUUCUGCAGUCGGGAGCUGAUAGGAAUCAUGGGGCCCUCCGGAGCCGGAAAGUCCACCUUGAUGAACAUUCUGGCUGGAUACAGGGAAACAGGAAUGAAGGGUCAAAUCCUGGUAAAUGGGAAACCCAGGGACCUGAGGAAAUUCAGGAAAAUGUCCUGCUACAUCAUGCAGGAAGACAUGCUGCUGCCACACCUCACUGCACGAGAGGCCAUGAUGGUUUCAGCCAACUUAAAGCUGAAUGAAACUAUGGAUGUGAAGAAAGAACUGGUGAAUCAGAUUCUGACUGCAUUAGGGCUCCUUGGCUGUGCUCACACUCGUACCAGCUCGCUGUCCGGUGGUCAGUGUAAACGGCUGGCCAUCGCCCUGGAACUGGUCAACAAUCCUCCAGUCAUGUUCUUUGAUGAGCCCACCAGUGGCUUAGACAGUGCGUCAUGCUACCAGGUGGUCUCACUAAUGCGCUCUCUGGCGCUGGGAGGACGGACCAUCAUCUGCACCAUCCACCAACCUAGUGCCAAACUGUUUGAGAUGUUUGACAAGCUUUACAUUCUGAGUCAGGGACAGUGUAUCUACAAAGGCACAGUCCCAUACCUCAUCCCCUAUCUGAAGACUCUGGGCCUUUAUUGCCCAACCUACCACAACCCUGCAGACUUCAUCAUUGAAGUUGCAUCAGGAGAGUAUGGAGACUUAAACCCUGUGCUGUUUGAGGCAGUCCAAGGUGGAAUGUGUGCAUUAGAGGAGAAGAAGAACCAAUGUGAUAACAAUGGCCAGUCAGUCUGUGCAACAAAGUGCCCAAUGGAUGCCGGACACAUAGAGAGACAUACUUUUGCCACAAGCACACUAACACAGUUAUGUAUUCUCUUCAAGAGAACCUUCAUAACUAUAUGUCGAGACCAGGUUUUGACCCACCUCAGACUGAUAUCCCACAUCGCCAUAGGUGUGUUAAUAGGCUUGCUCUAUCUGAACAUCGGCAAUGAUGCCAGCAAGGUCUUCAACAACACUGGGUUCCUCUUCUUCUCGAUGCUCUUUCUCAUGUUUGGAGCGCUCAUGCCAACCGUGUUAACCUUUCCUCUGGAGAUGAAUGUGUUCCUGAGGGAACAUCUGAACUACUGGUACAGCCUGAAAGCCUACUACCUGGCCAAGACCAUGGCUGAUAUCCCAUUCCAGGUGAUCUGCCCCAUCAUGUACUGCAGCAUCGUGUACUGGAUGACGGAGCAGCCUCCUGAGGCCAGCCGCUACCUACUCUUCAUAGCCUUGUCCACCUCUACCGCCCUGGUAGCCCAGUCCCUCGGCCUUCUGGUUGGGGCUGCCUCCAGCUCACUACAGGUAGCCACAUUUGUCGGACCUGUCACAGCUAUCCCAGUGCUGCUUUUCUCUGGGUUCUUUGUGAACUUCGACACAAUCCCCAAGUAUCUGCAGUGGAGUUCCUAUGUGUCUUAUGUCAGGUAUGGCUUCGAAGGGGUGAUCCUGUCCAUCUACGGGAUGAACCGUUCAGAGCUGGAGUGUCCAGGAAAGGUGUGUAAGUUCCAAAAGCCCGAAGAGGUUCUGCAGUUAUUGGAUGUGGAAGACGCAAAGCUCUACAUAGAUUUCAUUGUCCUGGGCAUUUUCUUCAUCAUUCUACGGCUGGCCACCUACCUUGUCCUCCGCUACAAGGUAAAGUCCGAGCGAUAGGUUUCGCUUGGCUCCCCUUCGAAAUCUCAAGGCCCUCCCUAAUGUCAUCCCAGACCUCUGGUCUCUUUUCUGUGCACAGAAAACAACCUCUCAUGUGGGAAUUUGUUUCGUUUCAUUGUACGCAUUGCUGCUUAAAGGACAGAACAUAAAUUCUGAUCUGUUCUACUGCCAACAACUGUGCAGUGACUGAUGAUGCAGAGCAGUGAAGAGAUCCUCUUAUAAAUCUACAUACACCUGUUUUACCUCAGACAUCAGGACUUAAUUCCUGUGCACAAAGCCAGAUCAGCAGUGAGAAGGGCAAAGAGACUGAGCCACAUUCAGCAGCAUGUAUUGUACGUUUCAUAUUCCUGCAAGACAGAAAUGUUUUGAGAACGAGGCGGAUGUGAUAUAGUAGUACUAUGGAGCGGGCAAUCAUGUUUAUUCUACACUGUGUGCUGUGACUUUGGUCCACAAAACUUCCCCCUUGAGAAAAGCAAAUACAAACAGUGUUUACAUUGUUUUGUUAGUCAGAAGAAGAAAAAAACAGAUAAAUGGUUGCACUGGAGAAUAAGUGUGAUGUAUUGUGCCUGAAAGAAUGAACACUGGGGGAAAAGCAGUUUGUUUGAGGUAGUUGUCAUAUGAUGGAACUUGGGUGACAAUUUGGAGUCCCGAAACAUUUACUUCCUGUGUAUGAAAAUAAAAUCAACGUUUGAGCUAGAUUGUUUUUUAACAUGUGGAUAGUUGUAAAUUAAGCUUUAUCAUGAUUGUCUAUCGAGAUUUGGUAUUUUUUGUACUUCCGUAAUAUAAUCUGAAAUCUUUAAAAUCUCAGUUAUAAUCAGAAUUGUUCAGCCUUAAUCAUUUUAUACUAUGCUGUAUUAUCUUUAGUACUGUAUUAUAUGCAAAUGUGAUUAUAUAGAUGUAUAUAAGCUAAAUAGAUUACGUAAUUGCUGUAUCCUUAUUUUUUUGUGUCCACACUACAUCCAGUAAUGUCACAAGGACACAACAUGCUCAUGCAAUCGUGUUUGGUGCUAUCUGAAGUUUUAUGUUAUAUUUGAAUUACAUAUAUAUAUAUAU